AUGGAUUGCUUGCGGGACAAGUUUGUGCAGGGGCAGCUACUGGACGGUCGAUUCCUUACGGUUACUCCCCUUAACCAUGGAUCCUUUGGAAUGGUAUUCCUUGCCCAGGAUACCCUGACCGGUGAACAAGUAGCGAUCAAAUGCCUGACCAAGUCUACCUCAUUUGAUCCGUCAGCCUUGACCGUCGAUGAACGCUCCGAGGAAAUGCAAUGCCAUGCUCGUCUUGGCUACCAUCCGAACAUUGUCAAUAUGGUUCACUCCUUCGAAACACAUGCCCAUAUCUUCUUGGUGCUCGAGUAUUGCUCCAUGGGCGAUUUGUACGAAGCAAUUCGGGUGGAUAGAGGACCCUUGGAGACCGAGCACGUCCGUGAUUUCAUGUUUCAACUCGUUGGCGCUGUGGAAUACAUGCACUCUAAAGGACUAUACCAUCGUGAUAUUAAGCCCGAAAAUAUUUUUUUGUGCCAGGAUGGGUCCAUGAAACUUGGUGAUUUUGGGCUCGCAACUCGUUCUAAUUGGUCUUCUGAAGCGUGCGUGGGAAGUGACCGGUAUAUGGCUCCCGAGCAAUAUGAACCGACCGCUGCAGGAUACGCACCUGCCCAGGCUGAUAUUUGGGCUAUCGGAAUUUGCCUUCUUAACAUUUUAUUUUCGAAAAAUCCUUUCGUUACGCCAACGGAGUCUGAUGUUCUUUUUGCCGACUAUUCUCGAGACCGCCAGUCUCUCUUUGAUAUAUUUCCAAACAUGUCUCAGGAUACUUUCGAGAUUUUGACCCACUCUUUGGCCAUUGACCCGAAAAAGCGAUCUCUUUCUGCCAUGCGCGCUGCUAUCGUUCGUGCGGUUUCAUUUACUACCGACGACGAAUCCCUGGAUGAGUUCUGUACCGAGGAUCGAAAUGUGGUUCCUGCAAGUGGAUAUCGUGAACCACUUCGCACGCCAUCCAUCCAAAGCCCUCAGAUGAAUCAAGACGACUCUUUUCCAUGGACGAAGGCUCUCCAGACUACUCCUCAGCAAGCAGUGCGUCAAUUAUCUGUGAUACCUGAUACCGAAGUUGACUCCGAGGACCUAUUUGCUACGUCUGGCGAUGAAGGCAUGUCAUGGUAUACGGGCAAGUAUGGCUGUUCAUCAGUCGUUUCUGGAUUCGAUUCACUCUUAGGCCAAUCCUUGCAAUACAAGACACAGCCCAGGGAUUGCUACCACCAACCUGAGCUUGCUCCGGUCAGUGGUUCUCUUCCCGAACCUAGAGGUGUUCCGAUUCCUUCCAUGUCUAUGGUCUUUGGCAAGGACGAUCAAGUUUCAAAGAGCUGGAGUGAUUUGUGGGAUGAAGAUCAAAUGGAAAAUGAAGCCCUUGAACUUCACAAUCGUCAGGCUCACAACGCUCGUACCUGGAGCCAGGAAAGCAGCGAUCUGAACGUCCAAUCUCCUCGUGGCCUAGUUGAGCUUGACCCAAUCUCGUCCAUUCUCAAUUCUCGUUCCGGUGCUUCUAACAGACAAGCCCACAACAUUCCUAUCCCAUCUGCCAAGCAAUACGGAUCUGCCCCGUCACCAUCUUCUACCCACUUUAGUCCAUCGAAAUAUUCACCUUCCAAACAAACAGCCAUGGAUAAAUGGGCAGCUUUGGGGCAGAAGAGACGCAACUAUCACCCCAAAGAGCUUGAGUGUCCACAAUCGAAGACAAAGUCAGCUAUGAGUCGCAGCUGGCGUCGCGACACUGGUGGUAGUGUUUUCGAAUCCGAAAACGAGCCUCCGGCCUGGAAGGGAAUUGGCUUGAGGAAUAAUCGUCAACGCCAGCCGCACCAUUCGCCAACACAUUUGCUGAGCAAAGACUGGCGCCACGACCCGUUCCAGACAAUCAAACCCAAAAAGGACGUGUGUCCCUUCUUUAUUGAUGAUCACGGUCUCGACGAAGAGUUUGAUUUUAUUGGCGAGUGGCAAGACUUUCAUAUAUGA